AAUCUCUUCGACAGGCUUAAUCUCCUCAACAGGCUUGAUCUUUUCAGCAGGCUUGGCCUCUUCAGCAAGCUUGGUCUCUUCGACAGCUAAAGCUUCUGUGGUAGUCUUGGCCUCUUCGAUGGGCUUGGGAUUGUCAAUAAUCUUAUCCUUUUCGGCAGUCGUUGUCUCCUCCAUGGGUUUAACCUCCUCGACAGAUGUAGCUUCCAAAAUAGGCGCGAUCGUUUCAAUAUGUUGAACUGCUGCAGGAAUAGACUGUUGGAUUGGGAUAACUUCUUCUGAAAGCUGUAAAUCUUCGUUUACUUUAGCCCCUUCGAUUUCGUUAACUUUUUCAGUUACUUUGAUUUCUUCAAUGAGUUUAGCUUCUUCAAUCACUUUUUCGAUAGGGUUAACUUGUUCAGCGACAGUAGCACUUUCAACAGGCACAAUGCCCUCAGCUUGUACGGGUUCGAUUUCGCUUAUGGAUUUGAUAAUCUCUAUUGCGUUUUUAUCAGGAAUGACUUCUGGGAGAGCUGCUUUUUCCAAGAUAAUUUCUACAGGAGGGUCAGUAGUGACAUUGGAUAAAGAAGCAGCCUCUAAUGUCACAACAACAGGUUCAGCCUUUACUUCAAUAUGAGGGGGUUCUUCUAAAGUAUCCUUCUUUGGGAUAUGAGCAAUGCCUGUAGCGACUUCAAGCUGAUCGACAACGUUUUCGAAUGAGCACUCAGAAGGAAUGUUGCUGGUAUCAAUAACGCGAUUGUUGUCCUGUGUAUUGCCAC